CACUGACAAUAACAUUGUGUUGCUCAACACUGGCACCUAGCGACGACAGCUGUUCACCCUGUUUUGUCAUUUGUUGUUGUAUUUUUUUUGCUACACAUAAACAUAAAAUAAAAGAAAAUAUUAAAAAUAGUCAAAGAAAACGUUAACUGUUUAUUGUUCUGUUAUUGAGUUACUCUUCGAUUCGACGCAUAUUAUGCACUGCAGUGGUCCAAAAACGCAUUUUCUGUUUUACAUUCCCCUCCGCACACACACACACUAAUACAACACACACAAAAUUGAUUAGGAAAAUUGCAAAAACGACAAGAACAACAACAACAAAAAAGAAAGCGCUUGGCCUUGGACGCUAAAUACUUAAAAAAUUGCACCUUCUGAAAGUGAGCUCUCUAUUUGCGUUUGGCAAUGAAAUUCUUCUGCUUUGGAUUGCAAUGAACUCCAGCGGACUUGAAGGCGCACAACAACAGCUACAGCGGCGCUCCAGCCCCCACCACCAACCUCUCGCCCCACAAUUCCCGCCCAUGGCCCACGAACGCAAGCAGAGCAGUCCGAAGAUGGAAAUCACAAAGCUCAAUCACGAAUUGGUCGAGGAAUGCAAACGCAGUCAGGAGGAUUCCAUUUUGUCGCGCCAUUUACGCCACGAGCUGGAAAAACAUGGUCGAGAGUCGCGUCGCGAAGUGGUUAGAAAGCAACGCAAUGGCUGUGCGCCACUUUUCAUAGCGUGCAAACGUGGCGCAGUUGCAAUUGCCGAGUAUCUGAUAACCAUUUGCGAGGCGGACAUUGAGCAAAGAGGACACUUUGAAGUGCCCGAGGACAAUAGCUUCCACUAUGUGUCGCCACUGUGGGCAGCUGUUGUCUCCGGCAAAUUGGCCAUGGUCAAGUAUCUGGUUCGCAUCGGCUGUGACAUAAAUGCCACUUCCGAUUCGGGUUCAACACCCGUACGCAGUGCUUGUUAUAUGACCCACACAGAUAUUGUUAAGUUCUUGGUUGAGAACGGUGCAGACAUAAAGAAGCCCAACAUUAACGGUGGUACCUGUCUGAUCAACUCGGUGCAGUCGGUGCAACUUUGCCUAUACCUGGUGCGCAAGGGAGCGGACAUUAAUGCUCGCGAUAUACAGGAUAAGACGGCACUGCAUUAUGCGAUACAGGAGCAUCGAUUGGAUACGACCAAAAUGCUGAUAGAACAGGGCGCUGAUCCAUUUGCCAAGAGUCGUUAUGGCGACGAUGCUUUAAGAACGGCCUGUUUGAAAGGUGCUCAUCAGAUCUUUGAUUAUUUGAAAAAAGAAUUGAAUUAUUCGGUUGAACGCAUUGCCGAGGCACAUGAGCUGAUGGGCUCCACCUUUCUGGAUGAGCACAAUGAGUCGCGGGUUUGCAUUCUGCAUUGGCGUAUGGCACAUCACAUCCGUGCCGCCUAUACGCCGUACAUUGAGAAGCAGCCAAAGGUACCGCUGCGCAAUGCCUACGAAAAUGCCGUGGAGUUUGUUACUCUAGAAGAGCUGGAUAAUAUUGCCACCGAUAUGGAUGCCAUGCGUACGCAGAGUCUUUUGAUUUGUGAACGUGUCCUGGGCUUAACCCACAAGGAUAUGUUGUUUCGUUUGACAUUUCGUGGUGCUUCUUAUGCCGAUGCAUUGCAGCUGCAACGUUGCAUUGAUUUGUGGCGAUUCCUGCUAGAAGUUCGCGUCUCCAAUUGGUCCAUCUUGCAUUUUGAGACGUGUUUUGCGGCCCAGGCUUUAGUACGUCUGAUGUUGGAUUUGCAUGUGCGUAAUACCAGUCAAAAUUCAGCACGUGCUCGCUACUUGCAACAGGAUCAACAGUUGCCCCGAUUUGAGGAUGUCUUGGGUGUAUUUCGUACGCUGGCCGAAAGUGCCGUUGAGGUUAAAGAAUUGCUGCAGGUGCGACCUGUCUUCCGGCGUCAGCAGGAGAAUUAUGAUCGUGUUCUUCGCUGUCUCGCUCAUCUCAUCUAUCUCCUGAUUAAUACCGUCCACACAGAGGCUCAGCACAAGCUCAUCUUUCAGGCCGUUCACAAGACGGUCGUUAUGGGGAAUCUGCGUAGUGCCAGCACUUCAGAUACUCUUCUCCAUCUGGCUGCAUCGCGACUGAAUGUGAUCAAGAGCGGUUACAUUACUGAAGAUAAUUUUGCCGAUAAGACUGUAUUCCCCAACGCCGAUGUCAUCAAAUUGCUCAUUGAGUGCGGCAUUGAUGUGAACACGAAAAAUGAAGCCAAAUCAACACCGUUGCAUGUUGCUUGUCAGCCCUACAACUACGACAAUGAGAUUAUCCAUCUGUUGCUAAAGUGUGGCGCAGACAUUGAUCAGCCGAAUCGAGCCGAAAAGCGACCCUACGAUUCGAUAGCCUCGAAUCCGACAAAUACAAUCCCGCUGCUCAACUAUAUAUCCCUGCAGUGCCUGUGUGCGACGGUUCUUAGUAAGCAUAAGAUUUGUUAUAAGGAUCAGCUACACAAACAGCUUCAGCAAUUUGUGCAUAACCAUGAACCAUGAGAUGAGACUUUUGCAUGUCACUGUCACUAUUUGAAAUUGUUAGUACUCUCAUGUGUAUUUCAUUGGGCCAUAUCGAAAUUUUACCAGUGUAUUUUCUGUUUCUUUUUCUUAACUAUAUACAUAUUUAUCUAUCUAACAGUCCUACUAUUGUUAACUUAUUCGGCUACAGCUAUUUAAAAAAAAAAACAAACCAAUAACAAAAUAGCAAAAAAAAAAAAAAUGAAGAUAAACAAAUGUAUAACAAAAGCAAAAAGUGUAAGCGAUAAACGUGAUAUUAAAUCUGUAUAGGAAAUAAAAGUGAA